AUGCCAACGCAGAUGCAGCAGCAGCAGCCAUGGCCGUGGGCGGCUUCUGCGGCGGCAGCAUUGAAAUCGCGGCGGUUUCUGCUGUUACGACCGCCUCAUUACCCAUCGUCCUCUGCAGCAGCAGCAGCAGCAGCGGCAUCGACGACAACGAUAUCCCGGCGUCUGCUGCUGCGUCCGCCUCGUGCCGCCACCGCCCCCGCCCCGGCCGGCGGCGUGCGGCUGACGGUGUCGGACGCGGAGCUGGAGUCCCGCGGGUUCGCGGUGCGGCGCACGGCGGAGGGCAUCGACGUGGCGGCGCUGAACGAGGUGUUCGCGCGCGUGGGGUUCCCGCGGCGUCAGGAGGAGCGGCUGCGGCGCGCGCUGGAGCACAGCCGCGUGGUGUGGCUGUCGGCGGCCGGCGAGGAAGGCCGGCCCGUGGCGUUCGCGCGCGCGGCCGGGGACGGCGUGUUCAACGCCGUGGUGUGGGACGUGGUGGUGGAGCCGUCGUGCCAGGGCCUCGGUCUGGGCCGCGCCGUCAUGGAGCGCCUCGUCGACGAGCUCCGGCGCGACGGCGUCGCCAACAUCGUGCUCUACGCCGAGACGCGCGUCGUCGGGUUCUACCGCCUGCUCGACUUCGCCAUGGACCCCGACGGCAUCAGAGGGAUGGCAUACUACCGCAAGUCCGCCUUCGCGACUGCUACUGCAACAUCAACAUCCCCACCACCAGCCGCUUGAAUAUUCCAUCGUCUUUUGCACAUCACAAACAUCGAUGAUCAGAUCUUUUGUUCAUCCA